AUGAAGAGAAAGACCAGAAGCUUCAAACACAAGACAGUUAAAGACAAGAAGAUCCUUCUAGAAGUGAAUGACCAAGAAUCUGAAAAAGAUGGUAGUCAGUGCUCUGAGCCCGCAACAACCAACAGAAUUAAGGCCGAAAAGAGACAGUAUGUAUGUACUGAGUGCGGGAGAGCCUUUAGUCAGAGUGCAAACCUUACAGUGCAUGGGCGAAUUCACACAGGAGAGAAACCCUAUAAGUGUAAGGAAUGUGGAAAAGCCUUCAGUCACAGCUCCAACCUUGUUGUCCAUCGGCGAAUCCACACUGGACUGAAGCCCUACACGUGCGAUGAAUGCGGGAAAUCUUUCAGUGGUAAGUCCCACCUCAUUCGCCACCAGCGAUGCCACAGUGGGGAAAAGACUUAUGAAUGUAAGGAGUGUGGGAAAGCUUUUAGUCAGAGUUCAGGUCUCAUUUCACAUCACAGAGUACACACUGGGGAGAAGCCCUACACGUGUGUCCAGUGCGGGAAAGCCUUUAGCCGGAGCUCAAACCUUACCCAGCAUGAGAGAAUGCACAGAGGGAAAAAAGUCUACAAAUGUAAGGAGUGUGGGAAAACAUGUGUGUCUGAUACAAAGAUCAUGGACCAUCAGAGAAUUCACACAGGGGAGAAGUCUUAUGAAUGUGAUGAGUGUGGAAAAGCUUUCAUCUUAAGGAAGACCCUUCAUGAACAUCAGAGACUUCAUCGACGAGAGAAACCUUACAAGUGUAAGGAGUGUGGGAAAGCUUUUACUUCUAAUCGAAACCUGAUUGAUCAUCAGAGAGUUCACACGGGAGAGAAACCCUAUGAAUGUAAUGAAUGUGGGAAAACCUUCAGGCAGACUUCUCAAGUUAUUCUACAUUUGAGAACCCACACUAAGGAGAAACCUUAUAAAUGCAGUGAGUGUGGGAAAGCCUAUCGUUAUAGCUCACAACUUAUUCAACACCAGAGAAAGCAUACUGAGGAGACGGAGACCUCAUAA